GCCGGCGCAGCAGCUGUGCGUCCAGCAGAGCCUGAGCCAGGGUGAUGCUGAAGAUGGUGACCCUCUUCCAGGCCCUCCCAGGCCAGCAGCCCCCACCGGGGGCCCUUGGCUGCCCCGGAAGACCCCAGAAGUCGUCCUCCACGUCGGAGGGGGAGUCGGAGGCCUCCAUGUCAGAGGCCUCCUCUGAGGACCUGGUGCUGCCCCCAGAAUCCGAGGGAGCCCGGAAGAGGGGUGAGCAAGAGGCUCUGAGGAAGAAGAAGCCAAAAGGCCUGGCCAACAUGUUCAACAUCUUCACCAAAGGGAGGAAGAAGAAGGGCCAGUCCCGCUCUGCUGAGCGGGAAGGCCAGGCUGAGUCCGGGCCCAGGCCACAGGACCCACUGCCCACAGUGGAGGAGCUCAAGGUGGACCUGGAGCGCGGGCAGCUGGAGGCGGCAGCGCCGCUGCUGCUGCUGGAGCGGGAGCUGACUGCGUUGGCGGCGGCAGGCGGCACAAGCGUGGAGGACCUGGUGCGGCGCCAGAGCAAAGUGGAGGCGCUGUACGUGCUGCUGCGUGACCAGGUGCUCGGCCUGCUGCGCCGGCCGCUGGAGGCGUCACCUGAGCGGCUGCGCCAGGCAGUGGCCGUGCUGGCAGAGCAGGAGCGCGAGGACCAGCGCGUGGAGGCCGCGGGGCCUGGGCCCGCGGCGCUGGCAGCCACGCGCCCGCGGCGCUGGCUGCAGCUGUGGCGGAGCGGCGUGGCGCAGCAGGCCGAGGAGCGCCUGGGCAGGCCACCGGCCGGGGACGCGGAGGGCAGCUCGGAGGCUCAGCGCACCUUCCUGCACAUGGGCCGCACCCUGAAGGAGGACCUGGAGGCUGUGGUGGAGCGGCUGAAGCCGCUGUUCCCCGCUGAGUUCGGCGUUGUGGAAGCCUAUGCCCAGAGCUACCACGAGUACUUCGCAGGCCACAUGGCGACCCUGGCGCAGUUUGAGCUGUUGGAGCACGACACGUACCUGCUGCUGGUCUGGGUGCAGAACCUCUACCCAAACGACAUCAUCAACAGCCCCAAGCUCGCCAGAGAGCUGCAGGGGAUCGAGCUGGGGAGCCUCCUGCCCCCCCGGCAGAUCCGGCUGCUGGAGGCCACGUUCCUGUCCAACGAGGUGACCAGCGUGAGGGAUCUGAUGAACCGCGCCCUGAAUCUGGAAUCCCAGCACUGGGCCCAAGGUGCGGCGCCCCCGCGGCUGGGCGGCCACUGCCACAGCGAGCUGGCCAUCGACAUCAUCCAGAUCCUCUCUCAGAGCCAGGCCAAGGCAGAGAACAUCACGCCUGACCUCAGUGUGCAGAUCAAGCCCCUGCUGGUGGUGGAGCUGGCUGCAUUUCUGAGGAGGUACCAGCGAGCCUUUGAUGAAUUUCUGGAGCGGUGCAGGCUGCUGAGAAAUUACAGGGCCAAUGUCAUGGCCAACAUCAAUAACUGCGGGUCCUUGCGGAUGUCUGUGGAGCAGAACUGGCAGACGUCCCAGGACCUGCUGGGCCCCCUGAGUGAGCUCAAGAGCCACGGCUUCGACGCCCUGCUCCAGAGCCUGGCGGGGAGCCUGAAGCCCCUGUUCAAGAGGUUCAAGCAGACCCGCUGGGCGGCCGCUGCGCAGACCACGGAGGAGAUCGUGCUCACUGUGGAAAGGGCGCUGCCUGAGUUCUCGGGGCUGCAGGACUCUCUCCGGGAGGAGCUCAUGGAGCUUGUCCACCUGCACCUGGUGAAGGAAUACAUUGUGCGGCUCAGCGCAGGGCACCUGGUCCUCAAGACUGCGGAGCAGCAGAGGCAGCUCGCGGAGCAGAUCUUGGCCAACGCUGACCUCAUCCAGGACUUCUGCAUUCAGAACGGCUCCCCGGCGGCCUGGCUGCAACAGGCCCUCCCCACGCUCGCCGAGAUCAUUCGCCUGCAAGACCCCAAUGCCAUCAAGAUGGAAGUGGCCACUUACGCCACCUUGUACCCCGACUUCAGCAAAGGCCACCUGAGCGCCAUAUUGGCCAUCAAGGGGAACAUGUCAAGCAGCGAAGCCAAGAGCAUCCGGAGCAUCCUGGACGUCAGUCCCAGGGCACACGGGCCCUUCAAGUCCCUAUUUUCUCUUAUAAACGUCAGUUAGCAUUUCCUGCAGCCUGACCCGCUGUGAGCGCGGCAGGUGGCAGACCCAGCCCUCUGCGGGGCAUCACCCGCCAGGGGGCAGUUCAGGCCGGCACCGGCAUCACAGCCCCUCUCGGGCCUCCUGCCUUCUGCCGCUGCUUCUGCCCGGCCCUGGCCGAGGUGCCGGCCCCUGGCAUCUGGCACUGGACAGGCCGCGGGCUGUUGCCAGUCCCGUGGGGCUGGAGCACCCGUGGUGAGGAGCCAGUGAGGCCACCCCUGAAGAAUGACAGUUGCCUGUGUGCGCUCAUGGAGGGAGAGCAGCCAGGGCCAGAGAUCCCGGCCCCCCGUCCACAGGGCCCUCCCCAGCCUGCCUCCCAGCCGCCCUCUGUGUGGCCCCAUCCGAGUGCCCGGGCCGCGGACCCGCCCUGCCUCCCCCGCUUCCCUUGCCCAGGGCUGGCUCAGCAAGUCUGUGGGACGGAAGGCAGCUGGAAGGAAAGAAGGGGAAGAGGAGCUCUUAUCUGGGGCCUGGAAGGGCCCCCCCAGCAAGCUGGGGCCCCGCCGGCACUGAAGCCCCCCUCCAGAAGGCACGGGGACCCCUGCGGCUCGGAGCCUGGCCUCUCGUUGCCCACGGGCACCCCCGAGGGUGGGCCCAGGAGGGGACCUCCGGGGGUCUUCUAGAGCUCAGCCUGCCCCCCAUGCAGGCCAAGAUGCGGGACCUCUGACCCCCUGACCCAUGUCAGUUUCUUCCUGCUGCUGUAACAAAUUUUCAUACACAGCAGCUUAAAGCAAGACUUACUCAGCCCUGAGGCCCCAUGCAGGUCUGUGGGCUCAAGUUAAAGGGGGAGGGUGUCCCUUCAGGCCUGGUCCAGUUGUGGGCGACCCCCCCAACCUUGGCUCACAGCCCUGCCCAUUCUGAAGCCUCGCCCCAUCCCAGCGCUUCCCUCCUGCCCCCGUCGUCCAUUUUAAGGGCCCUUGGGAUUGCCCUUGGCCCAGCCAGGUGACCCAGGAACCCCUCCCUAUUUGUCACGUCAGCAGAUUGGCAACCUUGACUUCACCUGCACCCUUCACUCCCCCUCACGUGGGACCUCGCGUAGUUGCAGGUGCCGGAGAUGAGGACGUGGGCUUCUGUGGGGGCCACGGUUUUGCUCACCAUGGCCUCCACUUGUCCCCUGCCCUGCCGGACACUCUGUGCUGCCUCUGAAGACGGGUUCAGUUGCCCCGCCAUGGACCCUCUCCAUGGCGGGGGGCGGUGCAGCUCUCUUUCCAGGUACUUGGCUGGCAGCUCGCCCGCGCCAGCGGCACCCCGGGGCCUUUGUACACUUGUAGAGUUAGCAUGUUUGAUGUUGUUAAUAUUAUUUUUGAUAAUACU